AUCCAAAACCACAUCGCCCUGCCACCGAAGUUCUCGCGGUUCCUGUUUCCGGUACGGCAGCGACUCCCAAAACAGGAAUUUGCGCCUUUGCCACAUCAGCACGCUUUAAACAGCGCCAUCGUCCCACCGCCGGCGGUCUUUCAGAAUUCGGCAACCUUACCACGGUGCCCCUGACCUUCGAGCCCACACGAAAGCUAAUAAAAGUGCAAAAUCAGCUGUAUUUGAAAACGCCAAACUUACCCUAUUUGUCUUCUAAGCAACCCUCGCUAUGCAUAUGUUAAGGGAUGCUGAUAUGCUGCCUAGGUUGUAAAUUAAAGGAUGGAUUUUGGUAAAUGCACAUCUAUUACUGGGGCACUAUCUUUAAAUAUGGCACCAAGCUUCCUGAAUCGGAUGCAUACAAAAACUCAAUUUGAAGAACAAGACAGAGCUUUGGAGCACACCUCAAUGGAGGCUGUUGAUGUUGACUGUAGAGAAAUAUAUUUUCUAAUUAUGCAUUUUUUAUCAUCUGGGCCAUGCCAGAAAGCUUUUGGGCAACUACAUGAUGAACUCUUGGAACAUGAGCUUCUACCGAGGAGAUAUCAUGCUUGGUAUUCAAGAAGCAGCGUACUUGGUGGGACUAAUGAUGAUGGAGAAUCUUUACCUCUAAAUUAUGAUAACCUUGUUGAAAGGUAUUCUCACAUUGGAAAGGACCACUUGGUAAAACUGCUCAAACAACUGAUACUAAGUUCACCUCCUCCAUUACAUCAUAUUGGGAGAAAUACUCCUAGUGCUGCUGAUGUACCAACUCUUCUUGGAACUGGGCCAUUUUCCCUUUUAUCUUGUGAUAAAAAUAUUGUAAACAAGCAAGUAAAACAUCCUCCAUCAUACCUUCGUUGGCCGCACAUGCAUGCUGAUCAGGUGCAUGGUCUAGGCUUGAGAGAAAUUGGAGGUGGUUUUGCAAAACAUCACCGUGCUCCAUCUAUGCGUUUUGCAAGUUAUGCUAUUGCUAAGCCAUCUACUAUGGUGCAAAAGAUGCAAAAUAUCAAAAAAUUAAGAGGACACAGGGAUGCUGUAUAUUGUGCUAUAUUUGAUCGAUCGGGUAGAUAUGUGAUUACUGGAUCAGAUGAUCGUCUGGUCAAGAUUUGGUCAAUGGAAACUGCAUUUUGCCUGGCUAGCUGCCGUGGACAUGAAGGUGACAUCACUGAUUUAGCUGUUAGUUCAAACAAUGCUCUAGUGGCAUCAUCAUCAAAUGAUUACACGAUACGUGUUUGGCGCUUGCCAGAUGGGUUGCCUAUUUCAGUUUUGCGUGGACACACAGGAGGUGUUACUGCCAUUGCAUUCAGUCCCCGGCCAAGCUCUGUUUAUCAGCUUUUAUCGUCAUCUGAUGAUGGAACUUGUCGGGUUUGGGAUGCAAGGUACUCCCAGUGUACUCCCCGUGUUUACGUGCCAAGGCCAACAAAUGUUUUCUCUGGGAUGAUUGGUGUUUCCCGUUCAACCAACAUUUCUUCCUCAAGUAACUCUUUGGUGCUCCAUCAGAUAUUAUGUUGUGCAUACAAUGCUAGUGGAACUGUAUUUGUCACUGGGAGCUCUGAUAGGCAUGCAAGGGUAUGGAGUGCUCCUAAGCCCAAUGUGGAUGAGCCAGAUCAACCAAGCCAUGAGAUAGACAUUUUAUCUGGACAUGAGCAGGAUGUAAAUUAUGUGCAGUUUAGUGGCUGUGCAGUGGCUUCUCGAUCUUCAACUCCUGAUUCUCUUGUGGAGGACAACAUUCCAAAAUUUAGAAAUUCUUGGUUUAGCCAUGACAAUAUAGUUACUUGCUCUCGAGAUGGCAGUGCAAUUAUAUGGAUUCCUAAAUCACGCAAGUCCCCUGUAAAGGCAGGACGUUGGGCAAAGGCUUAUCAUCUUAAAGUUCCUCCCCCUCCGAUGCCACCACAACCUCCUCGAGGAGGGCCACGGCAAAGAUUGCUUCCAACUCCUCGUGGUGUCAAUAUGAUAGUUUGGAGCCUAGAUAAUCGUUUUGUUCUUGCUGCUAUAAUGGAUUGCAGAAUUUGUGUUUGGAAUGCUAGUGAUGGUAGCUUGGUGCAUUCCCUGACUGGUCACACUCAAUCUACUUAUGUCUUGGAUGUUCAUCCUUUCAACCCCAGAAUUGCAAUGAGUGCUGGUUAUGACGGGAAAACAAUUCUGUGGGAUAUAUGGGAGGGUACUCCUAUUCGAACAUAUGAGAUUGGACGCUUUAAGCUGGUUGAUGGAAAGUUUUCACAGGAUGGAACGUCAAUUGUCCUUUCGGACGAUGUUGGGCAAAUAUACCUGCUAAACACAGGCCAAGGCGAAUCCCAGAAGGAUGCCAAAUAUGAUCAGUUCUUCCUUGGGGAUUAUCGCCCCCUUAUUCAGGAUGUUCAUCACAAUGUUAUUGAUCAGGAAACAGAACUGGCUCCAUACCGACGGAAUAUGCAGGAUCCCCUUUGUGAUUCAAGUAUGCUUCCAUAUCCAGAACCAUAUCAGAGUAUGUACCAACGACGUCGGUUUGGUGCUCUGGGCAUUGAGUGGCGUCCUCCUUCCAUAAAAUGUGCUGUUGGGACUGAUGUUGGUUUGGGCCAAGAAUACCAAAUGUUGCCUUUGGCAGAUUUGGACGUGGUGGCUGAACCUAUGCCUGAGUUUUUGGAUGCUAUGAACUGGGAACCAGAAAUUGAUGUCAUAAAUGAUGACACUGAUUCAGAAUACAAUGUGAAUGAGGAUUUUUCCAGUGAAGAAAAGGGACAUUUAAGUGACAGCUCUUGUAAUGAUCCAGACUGUAGUGAAGAUGAGAAGAUUAGACAAAGUCAGAAUCGCAGAUCCAAAAGGAAAAAAUCUGUUUCAGAAGUUGAGUUAAUGACCUCUUCAGGGAGGCGUAAAAGGAAGAGAAUAAUGGACAGGGAUGUGAGUUCAUCAAAAAGUAGAAGAACUGGAAAAUCAAGAACUGGCCGAAAAACUGCUUCUAAGAAGAAUUCUGCAAAACCAAAAACAUUGAGACCUCACCGAGUUGCCACACGUAAUGCAAAUAAUGUUUUCCUUCAUUCUGAUUUUUCUACAGGCGAUGAAGAUGAUGCUAGCUCAGAAGACGAUCCAUCAGAGAGUGAUUCAGAAAAAUGGUCAUAUGCUCAAAGUGAAGAAUCUGAUGGUGUGUUACAGAAUGGCCGUAUGAAGCCUUUGACAGGUGAAGAAGCAUCUGCUUUAGAUGAGCCUCCCACUAGCACCCAACCUCAGAUAAAUGUUGAAAACAAGAGGGGAUUAGUCUUGAAAUUCUCUAUUCGUGAUGCUAAGAAGUCCUUACCUUCGAAAGUCUCCAACACACAAUUUGAGAACCAGACCUGUUCAGCCUCUUCUUCCUUGAGAGUUGGUGAAGAAACUAUCGAAGAUAAUCAAAUUAAACAGAAGUCCCGCCACGAUCCAGGAUCAGCUUCCACAAAUGCAAUUGGUUUGGAUUCAUCUGAAAACAAUAAAAGAGGUGAAUAUACUGAGGUUGAAGACCUGAAAAUAUCACCCAAGGGUAUGAAGAUGUCUGAGGGUUACCAGGACACUGCAGGUGGGUGUGGAGAGGUCAAAGCAAGCACUUCCAAGCAAAUCCUGUUAAGUGAUCUGACCCUUGCCGAUUCAUUCAUUGGUUCUAAUGAGAGUUCUAUGAACAACAAUAGAUCUGGUGUUGAUAUAAAAGAGCAUACAAGUCUUGAGAAUGGAUAUGGAAAACUAUCUACUGAUUUUGGAAUUCAACAUCAGGGUCAUAUGUUGCCAGGGGAGCAAUUUAAGCAAAGAACCAGUGGUUGCCAUUUGCAACAACCAACAGGCAAUGGAGCUUAUAAUAAUACCUCUGACAACGUUUCUCCUCAAGUCAAUGCAGAGAAACCUAAACUGAAGCCAACCAAACUAAAAAUUAAGUCAAGGAAGAUUUCUGGGGAGUUGAGAGCUCCAUCAGAGAGUACAUUUACUAGACCUGUGGGUGUUUCUUGUGAGGAUGAUUCAAGAUCCUGCAUGGAGAGGAGUAGAGUGUUAUCACUCUCUGAAACUGGUAAUGGCACCAAUGAGUCAGAUUGCUUGGAGCAUGUAAAUUUAGAGAUGGAAAAUACCAUUAAUGGAAGCGAAUCUAGUAGAAAAUUAUCCAAUGAUGGCGUAGUUUGUGAAAAUACUCCAAAGGACAGUAACCAUUGUAGACACACGUCAAUGGACUAUCCUGAUGCUGCAACGGAUGCAGCACGCAGAAAAAGGUCCUUAAGAUUGAAGGCAACUUCAAGGGACACUAAUCAUGUGAACCUUUCCAAGAGAACAGUUGAUUUUUUCCCAUCAGCAGGAGUUUCAAAUUCUGGGGCCAACGGGAAUAAGUCUUCUAGAAGCAAGGGAGAAGUUUCUUACAAUGAUGAAAAAGUUUGUCUGAAUAGCUUCACUGAUGUACCGAGGAAGUCAGAUUGGUUGUUGUUGUCAAAGCAGGAAGAGGGAUAUCGCUACAUACCUCAGCUAGGUGAUGAAGUAGCAUACUUGAGACAGGGCCAUCAAGAAUAUUUAGAGUCCAGUGGAUCAUCAGGGCGAGGUCCUUGGGAAAAGCAUGGGGCGAGAAUCGGAGCUGUGGAAAUUUGUUUGGUCGAAGAGCUUACUUAUGCAACAGUCCCUGGUUCCGGAGAGAGUUGUUGUAAAAUCACGCUUAAGUUCAUUGAUGCUUCUUCGGACGUGUCUGAGCAGAAAUUUAAACUUACAGUGCCAGAACUAAAUGACUUCCCAGACUUUAUCGUUGAGAAAUCACGAUAUGAUGCAGCAAUGAAGAGGUGUUGGGCAUGCAAAGAAGAGUGUCAAGUCUGGUGGAGGGAUGAGAGUGAGGAAUGUGGCGGUAAGUGGUGGGAUGGUAGGAUAAUAUCUGUGAAGGACAAGUCAAGUGAGUUCCCAGGAAGUCCAUGGGAAAGGUAUGUUGUUCAGUAUGAUGGUGACCAACCAGAUACCCAUCUUCACUGCCCCUGGGAACUGCAAGAUCCAUUUAGCCCUUGGGAGCAUCCUCAUAUUCAUCCUGAAAGCAACAAAAGGAUGCUGGGUGCACUAAAUAAAUUGCUGCAGCAUGCAAGCACUAAACAGGAUCAUUAUGGGGUUGUGCAAUUGAUAAACGUUGCUAGGAAAGUGGAUUUUAUGAACAGGUUUCCUGUUCCAUUAUCCCCGGACAUAAUCCACUCAAGGUUGGAAAAUAAGUAUUAUAGAAGUGUGGAGGGUCUGAAGCAUGAUGUGACAGUGAUGCUGGGGAAUGCUAAGGAUUAUUUUGGGAAAAAUACAGCAGUGGCAGUAAAGAUGAAGCGGCUGUCAGAUUGGUUUUCUAAAAUCUUAUCAAAACUGUGAAUGAGCUGAUGAGGGUACUCCAUUCUUAUAUUAAUUAUUAUUAUAUAAUUAAUUCAUACAAACAAACUAGGCUCAAUCCAUUAUUAUUAGUUUAGCCAUGUCAGCUUGCUUCAUUGCGGGCGGAAACCCUAAGUUUUGAUGGUUAAGUUGGAUCUCAUGCAUUCAUGCAUAAAGAAAGUUAAGUACUUUUAGAUUGGAUUAAUUUUUACUUGCUUUAAUUGGACCAUUUAUAUUAUAUUAUUAUUAUUAUUCAUAACAA